CCUUGUAGUGUAGCAGAGCACUCUCUGAAUUGUCUUUCUUUUUUUUUUUCCCUCUGAAGAUGAACAUUUGUGUGGUGCACCCUGGACUGCAGCCAGUGUCUGUGUGAGAGACAGUUAGCAGGGCGAUGGGAUGUGGUAGCACUGUGCAGAGAGGCAGAAUCACACACACACACUCACACACGGGAGGAAACCAGCAAGAGGGGCUGUGUCUGUAUAUUUCAGCAAAGCCACAGAGGAGGUACUGGAGAUGGAAAUGGAUGCUGCUUGUUAGGCCAUGAGCCUGUUUAACCAGGAUUUAAUGUGAUGCUUUUUCUGGGGUUGACAUCUGCAGAGCGUCUGAUCCUGCCAAGGUGAAGAGAAGAUGACGGAGGGUCGGCGAUGUCAAGUCCACCUCCUAGAUGACAGGAAGUUGGAACUUCUUGUACAGCCGAAACUGCUGGCCAAGGAGCUCCUUGAUUUAGUAGCAUCACACUUCAAUCUGAAAGAAAAAGAAUAUUUUGGUAUAGCAUUUACGGAUGAAACGGGGCAUUUGAACUGGUUACAGCUUGACCGAAGAGUACUUGAACAUGACUUCCCCAAAAAGUCUGGUCCAAUUGUCCUGUACUUCUGUGUAAGGUUUUACAUUGAAAGUAUAUCUUACCUAAAGGAUAAUGCUACCAUAGAACUAUUCUUCCUGAAUGCAAAGUCCUGUAUAUACAAGGAAUUGAUAGAUGUUGACAGUGAGGUUGUUUUUGAACUGGCUGCGUACAUCCUGCAGGAGGCAAAGGGAGACUUUUCAAGUGAUGAACUUACAAGAUUAGAUUUAAAGAAGCUGCCAGGACUUUCAACUCAGGCCCUGAAGGAGCACCCUUCCCUUGCAUACUGUGAGGAGAGAGUUACAGAAUAUUACAAGAAGCUAAAUGGGCAGACCAGAGGACAAGCUAUUGUAAAUUACAUGAGUGUUGUAGAAUCCCUUCCCACGUAUGGAGUGCAUUAUUAUGCAGUUAAGGACAAACAAGGAAUUCCCUGGUGGCUGGGACUUAGCUACAAAGGUAUUUUCCAAUACGAUCAUCACGAUAAAGUGAAACCACGAAAGAUCUUUCAGUGGAGACAGCUGGAAAAUCUUUACUUCAGAGAAAAGAAGUUCUCAGUGGAAGUUCAUGAUCCUCGCAGGGCAUCUGUUACCAGGAGGACAUUUGGUCAUGGAGCGAUUGCUGUGCACACGUGGUACGCGUGUCCCGCUCUCAUAAAGUCCAUUUGGGCUAUGGCCAUUAGCCAACACCAGUUCUAUCUGGAUAGGAAACAAAGCAAGUCUAAAAUACAUGCUGCCAGGAGCUUGAGUGAGAUCGCCAUAGACUUAACCGAGACGGGAACUUUAAAGACUUCGAAACUUGCCAAUAUGGGAAGCAAAGGGAAAAUCAUCAGUGGAAGCAGUGGUAGCCUGUUAUCAUCAGGUUCCCAAGAGUCGGACAGCUCACAGUCUGCCAAGAAAGACAUGCUGGCUGCUCUGAAAUCCAGGCAGGAAGCUCUGGAGGAGACACUACGCCAGCGGCUAGAGGAGCUGAAGAAACUUUGUCUACGUGAAGCGGAACUUACAGGCAAACUGCCAAGAGAAUAUCCAUUAGAUCCGGGAGAGGAGCCGCCUAUUGUUCGAAGGCGGAUCGGAACAUCAUUUAAAUUGGAUGAAGAUAAACUGCUUGGAAAAGGAGAGGAAGAGGAGCUGGAACGCCUCGAGAGAGAAUUUGCCAUUCAGUCACAGAUUACAGAGGCAGCUCGGCGCUUAGCCAGUGACCUUCAUGUAAGUAAAAAGCUGAAGAAGCAGAGAAAAACCUCAUACCUCAAUGCUCUGAAGAAACUACAGGAAAUUGAGAACUCCAUUAAUGAUCACCGCAUCAAGUCUGGCAAAAAGCCUACGCAGAGAGCAUCUUUAAUCAUAGAUGAAGCAAACCUGGGCAGUGAAGACAGCUCACUUUCGGAUGCACUGGUACUAGAAGAUGAUGAUUCACAGGCGCCUAGCAUCCUGUCUCCUAUGCAGUCCCCUCAUAAAGGCCUGCCACCAAGGCCCCCCUCCCAUGCCAGACCUCACCCGCCUCAAUCAUUGGAUGGACUGAGGCAGUUGCACUUCCAGCGAAAUGACUAUGACAAGUCACCAAUAAAACCCAAAAUGUGGAGUGAAUCUUCUUUAGAUCAACCGUAUGAAAAAUUGAAGAAACGGUCAACACAUAGCCAUUCCAGUAACCAUAAACGGUUCCCCAGUACAAGCAGCUGCUCAGAAGCUGGCGUGAGUAACUCUCUACAAAAUAGUCCCAUCCGGACUCUCCCUCACUGGAACUCCCAAUCUAGCAUGCCAUCAACACCAGAUCUGCGAUUGCGAAGUCCUCAUUAUGUCCAUUCAACCAGAUCGGUGGAUAUCAGUCCAACUAGACUCCACAGCUUAGCACAGCACUUUAGGCACCGCAGUUCCAGUUUGGAGUCACAAGGAAAACUGCUGGGCUCUGAAAAUGAAACUGGGAGUCCUGACUUCUACACUCCAAGGACUCGUAGCAGUAAUGGCUCUGACCCUAUGGAUGAUUGUUCCUCUUGUACUAGCCAUUCCAGUUCUGAACACUAUUACCCAGCUCAGAUGAAUCCUAAUUAUUCAACAUUGGCUGAGGACUCUCCUUCCAAAGCCAGGGAACGUCAGAGACACAGACACAAGUCUAACGGGAACCUUGUAUCCUCCAAUUCAGGGAGCAUGCCCAACCUGGCUGCUAGGAAUGGAACUGGACACCAUGGUGUAUAUUUGCAUAGUCAGAGCCAACCUUCAUCACAAUACAGGAUCAAAGAGUAUCCUUUAUACAUUGAAGGAAGCUCCCCUUCAGUGGUUGUGCGGAGUUUAGAAAAUGAUCAAGAGGGACAUUACAGCGUCAAAGCACAAUUCAAAACAUCAAACUCUUACACUGCAGGAGGGAUGUAUAAAGAGAACUGGCAUGGGGAUGACACUGUGGACUCUGUGAGGCUGACACCCUCUCGUUCUCAGAUUGUAAGGACUCCGUCACUUGGGAGAGAAGGCCAUGAGAAGGGCUCAGGAAGAACUGUGGUGUCUGAUGAGUUGCGGCAGUGGUUCCACAGGUCCGCCUCAUCUCAUAAGGAGCACAAUAGACUUUCACAUACUAGUUCCAACUCUUCAGACAGUGGCUCUCAAUAUAGCACAUCUCAAAGCACCUAUGUUGCACAUAGCAGGGUAACAAGGAUGCCUCCAAUGUGUAAAGCAACAACAGCUGCCUUACCCCAUGGUCAGAGAAGUUCAACGCCUUGUAGUGAUCUAACAGCCACACCUCCUAGUAGCCCUCACCACAUUUUAGCCUGGCAGACUGGAGAUGAAACAGAAAACUCACCCACUUUGGAUGGGUCUGAGUCUUCAAGUCACCAAAGUACUGAUGAAUAGAGGACCUACGAUAGUUACUACCUAGAUUCUGCUCUGUAU